AUGUUCGACGAUAAUGAAGAUGAUACACCAGUAACUUUAACGGUUAAUAAAGCUUAUGCAAAUAAAUAUGAAACAUGGAGAGAAAAAGAAGAAAAACAAAAAUUAAUUGCACGAUAUGGAAGCGAUGUUGAAGAUGAUUCCGAUGAAGAAUCCGAGGAUGAAAAUGCUGAAGAUUGGACAGAGGAUGUGGAAAAAGAAUUUCUUCGAUGUUAUUCUAUAUUGAAAAAACGUGAUCCAAAAAUUUAUGAUUCAAAUACAACUUUUUUUAGUACUCCAUCAUCGUCGGAUAAUAAAGAUGACACACAAAAGAAGAAAAAAGAAAAAAAAAUGAAUUUAAAAGAUGCAGAAAUUCAAUAUGCUCUAGCAGAAGCAAAAAAUAAUGGAGAAGAUAAUGACGACGAUAAUCCUGUUCUAAGUAAUGGUAAAAGAUCGAUUAUUGAAGAACAAGAAGCAAUUAAGAAGAGUAUUAAGAAAGUUCUUUCAACAGCAGAUGAAGAUGAUAUGUUAUUUACAAAGAAAGUCAAAACUGAAGCAGAAAAGGCUAAAGAAGAUGAAGCUUAUAUCGAAUGGUUAAAAGGACAAAAAAGUGAACUACCUGAUUCAUCUAUGAAAACAGAUCUAAAAUAUCUACAUGAUUAUUGGAACGAUCCAUCAUUAUCUGAACGUGAUCGAUUUUUACGUGAUUUUAUCUUGAAUAAAAUGCAUCUACGUCAUGCUGAUGAUGAUGAUGAAGAUGAUGAAACAAAAAUUCCAUCCUAUGAUGAAAUAGUUAAACAAGACGAUGAUAGUGAUGACGAAUUCGAAACUGCUGAAGAAUUUGAACGUAAAUAUAAUUUUCGUUAUCAGGAACCAGAUGCAGAAUUUUUGAAACGUUAUCCACGAACAAUUGAAGAUAGUGUUCGUCGAAAAGAUGAUAGAAGAAAAUUAAAACGUGCAGAAAUAAAACAACGAAAAGAACUUGAACGACAACAAAAACAAGAAGAAAUCAAACGUUUAAAAAAUUUAAAGAAAAAGGAAAUUGUUGAUAAAAUCAAACGUUUAAAAACUGUUGCUGGUGAUGAAGAUUUACGUCUUAAUAUCGAUGAUUUUGAUGGAGAUUUUGAUCCAAAAGAAUAUGAUCGUCGAAUGCAAGAAUUAUUUAGUGAUAAUUAUUAUGAAAAAGGCACAAAUGAAGAUGAUGUACCUGAAGUAUCUGAUGAAGAACUUCAAGUUGAAGAUUGGGAUCGUGUGGAUGAAUCGGCGGUAUCAAAACCUGUGCAAUCGAAUAACCAAGGAGAACAGAUAACAAAAAAAUCGAAGAAAAAAUCAAAAUUACGUCAAGCUAUUGCUCAAUCUAAACCACUAUUUGAUCCGAAGGAAAAAACUUUCGAACAAUAUUUUGAUGAAUAUUAUAAACUUGAUUGUGAAGAUUUUGUUAGUGAUAUGCCUGUUAGAUUUCAAUAUCGUCAAGUCGAACCAAAUGAUUUUGGUUUGAGUAUUGAAGAAAUUCUUUCAGCUGAUGAUCGAGAACUUAAUGCAUGGUGUUCAUUAAAAAAAACAUCGCAAUAUCGAUCAAAAGAUGAAGAAAUUCGAGAUCAACAUGUUUUUAAAAAUAAAGCAAAGAAUUUUGACAAGAAAAGAAAAAUCUUAUCAAGUAUUUACGAAGAAAAAGAUGAAAGUGAAGGUCCAUGUCGAUAUUUCAAUUAA